AUGACCUCGGCUAUCGGAUAUAGAGCUAUUGGUAUUUCAGCGAACCUGGUGGCCAUUGUGGUCCUUUCCCGGGGAAAGUGCGGGCUCUCAAAAUGUAUCACCCGCUACCUGGUGGCCAUGGCAGUCGCCGAUCUCCUGGUCGCCGUCAACGAUCUCCGCCCCAAACCCAGCCACGCACCCAAACCGAGCCGCGCCCCCAAACCACAGCUCCGCCCCAAACCACAGCUCCGCCCCAAACCCAGCCCCGCCUCGAAGCCCAGGCCCGCCAAAACCUCAACGCCGCCCCCAACCCAAGCUACGCCCACAAAUACAGCCCCGCCGCCAAAACCAGCUCCGACCCCACACCUCAGCUCCACCACAGCCCCCUCCAACCCCAGCCCCGCCCCAAAUACAGCCACGCCCACAAACCCCAGCUCCGAACACACACCUCAGCUCCACCCCAAACCGAGCCCCGCCUCCAACACCAGCCGCGACCCAAAUAGAGCCCCGCCUCAAACCACAGCUCCGCCCAAAUCCAGCCCCGCCUCCAAGCCCAGCCCCGCCCCCAAACCCCAGCACCGCCACAAACCCCAGCUCCGCACCAAACCCAGCCCCGCCUCCAAGCCCAGGCCCGCACCAACCUCAACCCCGCCUCCAACACCAGCCCCGCCCCCAAAUACAGCCCCGCCGCCAAAACCAGCUCCGAACUAA